AUCAUUUUAGUCAACAAUCUUGUGUGUUUUUCACAAUUAAAAUGAACUCUAAAACCAAAUUAAAGAGGUUAAUCAAAUCUGAAGGGCAAUUACGUCAUUAAACAUGGGCCACUGCUCUAAAGAACACAAGUUCACUUCUAAGGUUUAAUAAGAAGGGGAAGAAAGCUCUGAUUUUGAUUGGAAUUUCAGUAAUGGCUACGAAAAGCAAGAUUCUGAUUAUCGGUGGGACUGGAUAUAUCGGGAAAUUCAUGGUGGAAGCGAGCGCGAAAGCCGGACACCCGACAUUCGCGCUUGUGAGAGAGACAACUCUCGCUGGUCCCUCUAAAGCGAACAUCGUCGAGAAUUUCAAGAACCUCGCCGUCAAUUUCCUUAUCGGAGAUGUGCACUAUCACGAGAGUCUGGUGAAUGCAAUAAAGCAAGUGGACGUGGUUAUAUCAACGAUAUCUCGGGCUCAAUUGGUUGAUCAAGUCAAGAUUAUCGCUGCAAUUAAAGAAGCUGGAAAUGUUAAGAGAUUCUUCCCUUCAGAAUUUGGAAAUGAUGUUGAUCGUGUCCAUCCUGUUGAGCCAGCGAAAUCAGCCUUUGCCACAAAGGCUAAAAUCCGUCGAAUUGUUGAAGCUGAAGGAAUUCCAUACACCUAUGUAUCAUCCAAUUUUUUCGCUGACCACUACCUUUCCACCUUCUCACAGCCUGGAGCCAUAGGUCCCCCGAGGGAAAAAGUGGUCAUCUUAGGAGAUGGGACUCCAAAAGUAAUUUAUAACAAGGAAGAUGAUAUUGCAACCUAUACUAUCAGGGCGGUGGAUGAUCCGAGAACCUUGAAUAAAAUCCUUUACAUUAGACCCCCUUCCAACAUUUACUCAUUCAACGAUCUUGUGUCUUUGUGGGAGAAAAAGAUUGGAAAAACCCUUGAAAGGAUCUACAUUUCAGAGGAGCAACUUCUGAAAAAUAUUCAAGAGGCUGUGGCUUCACAGAAUGUGAUAUUAGCUAUUGAGCACUCAGCCUAUGUGAAGGGAGAUCAUACCAACUUUGAGAUUGAACCAUCAUUUGGAGUUGAGGCUACGCAGCUUUAUCCUGAUGUCAACUACACCACUGUGGAUGAGUACCUUAAUCGGCUUGUGUAAGUCUUCGAUCUGGAGCUGCAGAGUCCUGGCAAAUUAAUGGGUGGUUGUGGAUCCCAGAUUCCAUAUAAAGUUCAAUUUGUUUUGUAUGUUUAACAAUAAUUGAUGUAACAAUCAAUAAACAAAGUUGAAAUACCAAUUUUAUUCCAAGUAGAGACUCAGAUCAUACUCUCAUCUGUUUUGUACAGAUAACUGAGCAUAAAUUGGAUCAACUGAAACUUCAUCAAUUUUUAGCUUUAAUUCAA